AGUUGGUCGAUGGCAUUUUAAUAAGCCUUACAAUAAUUUUUAUAGUAACCUUUAUCAAUGCAAUAUAAUUUUUGAGAAUCAUGAUGAAAAGGGAUUUAUAUAGGGGCAACUUCGGCGACAGCGAGCAAAAUGCAUCAGAAUGCAAUUUGAAGUGCAAUAAAUCUAAUCACAUUUUCAACGAGGCCGGAGAGCACAUACAAUAUCACAGCGAUUCGGAAUCUCUGGGUUCUAGGAAGAGUAAGACCCGUUACGUAAAUCCUGCUAUUUACAUAGAGCCAGUAGAAUCCUCGCGAUCUGCGACAUCUCUACAAACAGAUUUGUCUUGUGUAGAAGACGUUACUCCGCAUCCUCACAGCACUUAUAGAAGCAACUCCACUCCAUACCUCUCUGGCCGCGUAUCCACUACAUCCUCUGGAAGUGUAAAGAGGAAGUCAUGCCGUCUGGCUGGACACGAGUACGAAGGUCAAAUUGAUGAGGACAAUACGCCAAGGUUAGGACAGACGUAUCGUGAGGAAGCCGCCGAUACUUUCCGCCUGUCGGUCACAUCGCUCUCCACUACGACAACGGCGAAGGAAGAACGGGAACGAUCAGAGAAGAAGAAGCAAGAGGCAUUUCAACAGUGGCUUAAGAAAAAAGAACAAGAGAAACGUGAAAAGCUGCGUUUGGAGAAGUUGAAGCGUCAGGCGGCGCCGACGAUAACGCCGCAGCAACGGGAGGAGUCGUUCCGGCGCUGGACGGAACGCAAGCGAAUGCAGAUGGAGCGGCGCCGUGCAGACGAGAUCAUGCGCCGUUUCGCGCAAAGCGAGCACCUCGAGCGCGAGAAGGAGAAGCGGGAGAGGGAGAAGCAGGAGAAGUUGGCGGAGUGGAUCCAUAAGAAGGAAGAGGAGAUGAAAGCAAUGAAGACCCGCGAGGAGAGACGCGCAGCGCGCGCGGCUAUCGAGGAGCAGCGACGUCGGGCACAAGGCGAGCGCGCCUACCGCGACUGGCUGCGAACCAGCAAGCACAAGCCGCUACCCGUGCCACUCAACCAGGGGGAGCUCAGUAUGCGCGGAUCUGUGUCGCAGAUGUAUAUAAACCCAGUCCCAUGGAAAUCUGAGAUCUGAAGAUGAUAAGAUAGUCUAGUUUAUUAAUUUGUUUUAAA